AGCAGCAGAUUCUGAGCUGGAUUCAGUCGCUGUUGUGGCUGAGAGGCAGUGCAGGCAGUCAGUCAGUCUGCUCGGUUGAACCUUGAUUCAGCCUGAGGUAAAACAGGAAUCUUUUAAACUACCCGACCAAGCGAAAAUAACUACUUCUGGGCUUCCCUGAACCAACUCCGGCUCUGUACGAUACCUUUAAUCCUGCAGAAUGAAAGCGGAGUUCACUACAGACAGCACCACUAAGUCUUGACAGGCACCAAGGAUGCUGAGGGAACUGAAAGCAGAAAAUACCUGAGGAGGAGCUGCGGAAAGACUCGGUGGUGAAUGUCGACAGGAUGUCCAGCCAGUUGGCGGUUUCUUUGUGAAUGGAUUAGAGGCGAGUCGUGACCAUGCGCUGCUUGGCCGCUCGGGUCAACUACAAGACCCUCAUCGUUAUCUGUGCCCUCUUUACACUCAUCACUGUGCUGCUGUGGAACCGCUGCUCCAGUGACACCUCCCUACGCUUCCUUCCCCGGGCUGCCUUGGUGGCUCCAAGUCCCAAGGUGGGGGACGCUAGCAUCAGCAGCCAGCAACACCCUCCACAACCUCCAGAGCCCCCGCCUGUUGUUGGGGUUGUCGCAGGGAUCAAGUAUGAAGAAAUCGACUGCUUGAUCAAUGAUGAAUCUACAAUCAAAGGCCGGCAGGAGGGCGGCGAGAUAUACCUGCCCUUCAGCUGGAUGGAGAAAUACUUUGAAGUGUACGGCAAAGUGGUGCAGUACGACGGCUACGAUCGCUUUGAGUUCCAGCACAGCUACUCAAAGGUUUACGCACAGCGUGAGCCCUACCACCCCAAUGGAGUCUUCAUGUCGUUUGAGGGAUACAAUGUGGAGGUCCGCGACCGUGUCAAAUGUAUAAGUGGAGUGGAAGGCGUGCCUCUGUCCACUCAGUGGGGCCCUCAGGGCUACUUCUACGCCAUCCAGAUUGCUCAGUAUGGCUUAAGCCACUACAGCAAAAACCUGACGGAGCGCCCUCCCCACGUGGAGGUCUACGAUACAGCCGAGGACAGAGACAGCCGGGCCAGCACAGCGCCCUGGAGUGUGCCGAAAGGUUGCGUCCUCAGCCGUGUCCUCGACAAGACCCGAGCUACCUCCGUGCGUCAGUUCAGUGCUCCAGAGUCAUCAGAAGGCGUGUCCCUCCAGCUGGGUAACUCCAAAGACUUCAUCCUCAGCUUGGACAUCAAGUUCGCCUCCAACGGCAGCGUGUCGGUGAUCCUGGAAACAACGGAGAAGGGCCCCCCGUUUACAAUCCACUACGUGACCAGCACGCGGCUCAUCGCCCUCAAAGACCACGAGAUCACAUACGGUGUCGGACCACGAAGCGUCUGGAGCACUCUGACCCGGGACCUGCUCACUGACCUCAGGAAGGGUGUCGGGCUGUCCAACACCAAGGCUGUGAAGGCCACAAAGAUCAUGCCAAGACGGGUGGUGCGAGUUAUCCUCCAUGGGCGUGGCUUUGUUGACAAUGUUACUAUCUCCACCACUGCCCACAUGGCCGCCUUCUUCGCCGCCAGCGACUGGCUGAUGCGCAACCAGGACGAGCGAGGAGGCUGGCCCAUCAUGGUCACCCGUAAACUGGGGGAAGGCUUCCGGCCUCUGGAGCCCGGCUGGUACUCAGCCAUGGCUCAGGGCCAGGCCAUGUCCACCCUGGUGAGAGCCUACCUCCUCACCAAGGACCAGGCGUACCUCGACGCUGCGCUCAAGGCAACAGGACCCUACAAGGUGCCUUCAGCGCAGCACGGGGUCAAAGCCGUGUUCAUGAACAAAUUCGACUGGUAUGAAGAAUACCCCACCACGCCCAGCUCCUUUGUCCUCAACGGCUUCAUCUACUCCCUGCUGGGACUCUACGACUUGACUGAGACAGCCGGGGAGAAGCUCGGCAGGGAGGCGGGCCAGCUGUUCAGCCGCGGCAUGGAGUCGCUGAAGGCCAUGCUGCCGCUCUUCGACACGGGGUCGGGGAGCAUCUACGACCUGCGUCACUUCAUGGUGGCCACAGCGCCCAACCUGGCCCGCUGGGACUAUCACACCACGCACAUUAACCAGCUGCAGCUGCUGGCGUCCAUAGACAACGCUCCCAUCUUUAAGGAUGUGGUCAAGCGUUGGAAAAACUACUUAAAAGGGAUUCGUGCCAAGCACAACUAGACAAACUGUAACCCACAUAUAGUGUAGAGCUGAGAUGACGACAACGUGUGUGUGUGUGUCUGUGUGUGUGUGUGUGUGUGUGUGUGUGUGUGUGUCUAAAGCACGAGUUUAUUCAGCUGCAGCUCUCAACAAGUUUCUUAUGUGCUCUGUUACAGAUUCUAUAUUUUCUGCAGCGCUGACUGUAGAUUUCCCCUCCUCUUUGUUUCCUUGAGCUGGUGUUUGAAUUAUGGUGUGUGUGUGUGUGUGUGUGUGUGUGUGUGUGUGUGUGUGUGUGUGUGUGUUUGUGUGUGGUGUGUGUGUGUGUGUGUGUGUGUGUGUGUGUGUGUGUGUGUGUGUGUGUGUGUGUGUGUGUGGUGUGUGUGUUUUAAAGUAACAAUUACAACAUUAGAGAAAGAUGACACUCCUUGAGUUGUUUUAAGCUGAAUCAUAUUUCCAACAUUCUUUGAUGCAUCCAACAGAAAUCUCUUCUCCAGUCGUAUUUUUCUUUCCCAUUUCUUCCCAGUAUGCAACGUUUAUUGAAACAAAUAAACUAAAAAAGAGAACUAGAAUUUAUUUUAAAGUAUUUGGAGAAGAAUGUUCCAAAACAAGUUAUCCUAAUAAUGUGAACUAAUUAAACGUUUUGGUUUAAAGUAUUUUUUUUUUUUUUUUUAUCCCACAACCCCGUAGUAAGAACAACAUAUCAAAGCUGUUAGUUGACAUGAAUCAUUUUGCUGUCGUCCCUUUACAGAAACGCUGAAGAGUCAAAUACUUUAUGCUUCCAAUCUCUUCCCCUUAAAACCCAGAUGCAUAGUUGCAAAUCAUUUUGGUGGGGAUUAUGUUGUUGUCUUUUAAGGGUUUAACUCCUUAGAAAUAUUUGUUCCUUUUAAUAUAAAUAUGAAAUCAGAGGAUUAGAGGCCUCUCAAACUGCUUUAAUAGCUCUGAGGAAUAAAGACAUUUAAUUUCAGAUGGUUAAACCACUCCGCUACCACUAGGUCUCCUUGGCGCCUACCCACAAUUCCACUGGAUGGCGGCAUCUUUAGACACGUGGCUGUCGGGUUUUCAGGUGACACAUGGACGGCCGCAGGUAGCAUGCUGCCACUACACGGUACAUUCCUUGAGAUAAAUAAGAGUGUAUCCUAAUUAUCCAUCCGUGCUGAAGCCACUGAAAUGCUGUCGUUACCUUUUCAUGAGAUGUUUUAAGACGACAUGUCAUUCUAACCCCUCUUAGUUCCUCACAAAAAACGUAAUAAUUCAUGUGCCACGGCAAACCACAGCUACAAACCGUUAGUUCUGCGUCACUGUUUGUCUCCUUUGCUUUGUUUUGUAUUGGGUAAAAGCUAGAAAGCAGUUAGGGUUUAGACUGAGUGAGCCAGAUAUAUUUAACUUCAUGGUGUGUUGUCUUGAAGUGAAUUCCCAGCAGGGCUGCACGAUACGAGGAAAAUAUGCGAUGUGCGGCAAUUUGUUGAAAAAUGCAAAAACUCUAUUACAUGCGAUACAUAAACGGAUACUACAGUGUACUCAGUUCUGCCUUCUGCCGCUUUGAGUAUUCUGCUAAAAUCCAACAAAUUGUUGAGUUGAAAACAAAUGAAAGGAAACAAAUGUUUUAUUGCACAAACUGAACACUGAAUUGAAUAAAAAAAAAAGAAUUAACAGUUAAGUUUUAAAUUGCCGUUCAAUGAUGUUUUCAUUCAACUAACACAGAACAUCUCUUGAGUGUGAUCGAUAUGUGGCAGUCUUUGUGUUUGUGCACCAGUUGAUAUUGCGAUGACGAUUAAAAAAAAAAAGAAACCGGUAUAUUGUGCAGCCCUAAUUCCCAAUGUGCAGACUAUACUGUAAAUAUGAGCCGUCUCUGAUAACAUAGUCAAUCAUUUCUUCAGUUGUUUGCCGUUAACUAUUCUGCCUACUGAUGUAAAUGAGUCAAUCUGGGCUUUCUGUGGCACAUUUAAAAUUUGAUUAAUGUCCCUCAUAAAUAAGAUAAAUCCAAGUCCACUAACAUCGUCAUGCCGAUCGGUCUAAACAAAAGGCCAGCCGUGUCAUUUUUCACCUCCCUUCACACCAUAAAAAAUAAACCCAGGACAUAAUCCCUUGACCUGCCGUUGUUUUACAUUAAAAUCUUUACAUCCCUUUCAUUUUCCUUUGGUUGACCCUCCGCACCAUUAGUUACAUUUCAUUCUGUUCUUUUAGAUGUCCCGUUGAUGACCUUUUUUGGAGACACACUGAUAAGCCCUUUCUCUGUAAUUGGUUCUUCCAGAUAAUAAUUGCACGAAACAAGUGUAGGUGGUGGUAGAUGCGUGUGUUGUGUAUUCGGGGAGAAAGACGUGGGCAGCAGAAGCACAGCUGCGUCUCGCUAACCCGUCGUUUUAUAACAUUUAAAUAGACAAUGCUAGGAGUGCUGAGGGUGGAGG